AAAUAACUGAUAUAUAAGUUCGACUUUUCAUUUCUUCAGUGAUAGGCCUUUCUUCAAUUCACCUCAUUAGGAGCUCUGUGCACUGCAAUCAAAAUGAGAGAAAAUAUUUUCUUGUUAUUCUGCAUCCUUUUUGUCAGAUUUUCUGCUGGUGAUGAGGAAGGUUCUGUGAGGCUGGUUGGUGGUCGAAAUAACUCUGAGGGCCGAGUGGAAAUCUUUCAUGAAAGCGUUUGGGGGACUGUGUGCGACGAUGAAUGGGACAUAAAUAACGCUCAUGUAGUGUGUCGCCAGUUAAAUUUCCGUGGUGCAACAGGAACUUCAUCGUUUGGCGAGGGGACUGGCACAAUCUGGAUGGAUGACGUAAGAUGUAUUGGAGCAGAGAUGAGCCUGGUCAAGUGUACUUUUUCUCGGUGGGGGAAACAUAACUGUAACCAUGGUGAAGAUGCUGGGGUCACAUGCAUAAGUGAGCCAGAACAACUCCCAAGAAAGAAUAUAAGCCAACGGUACGAAUUGGACCACAAAAGAAGCCUCUCUACUCAGCUAGGGGAACUGUUUGACAGUGGACGGGGCUGUGACUUGAACAUUACAGUGGUGGAGCAAAACUACACUUUGGAGACAAUCUGUGCUCACAGCAUCAUCCUCUCAUUCCUCAAAAGGUCACAGCCAGACUUCAGCAGCCUCAGAAUUGAGGCCACCUCUAACUGCAGUCAGCACGCCAACAACUUUGUCAGAUACUUGUACACAAGAAAGAUCGAACUCACAAGAUCUUCUACCCAAUGCUUUAUCAAAAUGGCAUACGACUGGGGAAUGACAGAAGUUCAGAAUGACACUGCAGAUCUUUUCAGAGUGUUUCUUCCGGAGGAUCACACUUUCCAGACUCAGAUCUCUUUCCUUGUUGAUUCAGAUGAUGAGGCGCUACAGGAAGUUUGUCUUCGCUACCUUGCGUGGAACUGUGAGGCCCUGAUCCAUUCCUCAGUCUGGACAGAUCUUACAUUUGAUCUGGUCAAAUCUCUUCUGUCUCGCUCAGACCUUGUGGUGAAAAAUGAAACUGUCAUCCUGAACGGACUGGAGAGAUGGGCGGAUGCCCAAGAGAACAAGACUAUUCCUGAGAGCCUCCUGAAGCUCAUCCGUUUUCCAAUGAUACCAGUUGACGACUUGUACACACUUGACGGCUCACAGUACCAGGCCAGUAAGUUCCAGGGGUUUCAGUUUAAUGCUCUCAGAUACGUGACAUUGCUCAAUGAAGGACAAAAUGUCUACACACCCAGGAUUUACACUGGCACGCCGUGGAGCGUCACCUUCAAACCUUACAAUAAUCUGCAGUCUCUAUUCGAAACACCAGUUCAUAACAGUGCCUAUUUUACUUUUAGCAAAAUGACCUGGAAAGCAAGGGUAUACAUCAGUGAGGCAGAUUGUAUAAGUGAAUAUGGCACUUGUCCUUCUUUGCCAGCUGUAAGUUUGAAGGUGCAGGAAAAUAACAUAGAUUUCGAACGCAUUCGUCACAGCAAUAGGCUUGUUGUUAUAUGCGAAGGAAGCUACGUGAUCCACACUGAGGAAUUUAAUGCUCAGAAUGUUACAUUUAUUCCAAGCAGCGAAAAACAAAUGUAUUCAUGCCCAUCAAAGCUGUUCUCCUACAUGGUAGUAGUUCGUCCUUACUACACCUCUGGGCUCUAAAGGGAAAAAAAAACAA